AUGACUUCUGGAACUCAGAAGAAUCUUCUUCAAGAAUGGUUUCCUCACACGGCGAAGCCAUUCAUCGCCAACGCCCCGAUGCUGGGCUUCACAGAUGUCCGCAUGGCGAAUGCAGUGACCCGAGCCGGUAGUCUGGGCUUCGUCGGCGGUGGAUUCGAUUUCCGGCCCGAAUCAAUCCAGCUGGCAGACCUAGACGCCAACCUCGCAAAAGCGGGCUCUGAGCUCAAAGAGAUACACGAGGAUGAUAAAGACCUACCUAUUGGUGUUGGAUUUAUUACACUUACCCCGAAAGGAUUCGAAAAUGCCGUUGCCAUCCUCCAGAAGCAUCGAGUUGCCGCUGUUUGGCUCUCUUUCCCCCAGUCGGACAGCGAUCACCUGUCUCUGAUCGAUAAUCUUCGCAAAGCAAAGGAGGCAAGCCCAUGCGACUGGAAUUUGAAGAUCUUUGUCCAAGUCGGCACUGUGGAGGCGGCCAAGGUGGCUAUGGAGCAGGGCGCGGACGUUCUCGUGGUGCAGGGAACUGAUGCGGGUGGUCAUCAAUGGGCGCAAGGGGCUAGCCUGAUGUCGCUUUUGCCGGAGAUACGCGAUACGAGGGAUUCCGAUUCGAGGUUUGGAAAUGUCGCUAUUGUUGGAGCUGGUGGUAUUGUCGAUGGGAGGGGAUGUCUUGCUGCGCUGGGACUUGGCGCUGAGGGAGUCGUCAUGGGAACGAGAUUUGUUGCAACCGCCGAGUGCCCUGCGCCCGAGGAGAUCAAGCAGGUGAUUGUCCAUGCUAAAGACGGAGCUACUUCAACAGUCAAAUCAGUCCAGCAUGAUGUUUAUCAAUCCACAGAUGUCUUUCCCAGGCAAUAUGACGGGAGAGCUGUGAUCGGGCUUAGCUAUACCGAUUUCCAGGGGGGCAUUGCCGACGACGAAAUCAUUCGGCGAUAUAAUGAGGCCCGGCAAAAAGGAGAGAAUCAUCGACGGACAGUGUGGGCGGGGGCAAGUGUUGGGGUCAUUCAUUCUGUGGUCACGGUGGAGGACUUGAUCAAGAGUAUACGGGCAGAGAUGAAAUCAGCUCUUACGAAGUUGAUGGGAAACAUUUGA